GGACCACCAGGGAAGUCUCUCGGAAGUAAAGUUUUAACCAUAUUUUAUUAAGGGAUAUAAUUAUCCCCUAAUUUAGUGCAAACAAAAAUGCGCUAAAUUUGCAAUCAAUACUGCCUUUUGGUUUUAUUUGGAAAACUGUGUGAGUUUACAGCAGGUGGGAAACAAGCCCGCAGCGCUCCUCCACUCUUCCUUCUCCCACUCUCUCCUGCCUGCCGGGGGCCACAGCUGGGUUCCCCCAUCCUUUCCUGCCACCUCUGACUUACCUGGUGGUGCAGUGGCCUCCUCACGGGACCCCCCCACCUGCGUCUCCAGGUGUGUCUCCAUUGGCUCCACCCACAGGUUAUCCAGUCCAGGCUGCUUUUCUACCUGAGACUCUUUAGUGCUUCUGCGUUUCCUGUGGACUCCCGGCUCUGGCAGGACCAGGAGACCACCCCCUUUCCAGCCUUAUCUUGUGUGCCCACCAGCUUGCUUCAGAGACUGUCUUAGUGCUGUGCCCUUCCAACGUGGCAGGGACCCUUAUAAGUGGCAUUUAUGGGGAGCAUGGGGCUAAGUUCCCUCUAAUUGCAGGUACCAAGGCUGGUGCAGUGCAUAGAAUUAUGAUGUUAACUUUGUCAUGUUCCAUUCCGAUGCAGAGAGCGUGCACAUCUCAGCCACGGCUGGCACAGGUACUGCCUCCGUUAAUCUCCGUUAAUCUCUUUGAGGGAAGGAGCCUCAGGAAGCAGCAUGUGUUCCUUAGGUUCUCCUGUAGGGGCAAGAGAGUGGAAAAGAGGGAGAGAGAAAACUCUUCUCACCCAUUCCCACCCGCAGAGACUGAAUAGACUUCCUGCACAUUCAGACACAUGCUCUGGGUGCAGGGGUUUUCGGUAACGACCGUCACACAGUACUGACCUCACUGGACAGGAAGUGCGCCCCUGGCAGUCAGGUCACCAGAGGACGGAGCUUCAGUGUCGACUUGGCCCAGAUUCCUGGGCUCUUUUUCCGUCUUGGCAAAACAUUUGUUCAAUAGCUUUCUGGAAAUUUUCUGAUUGGAGUAUUUGAAGUGGCAACUUAAUUUUUUUAUUGUGGGAACAUAUACACAAAAUAAAAUUGGCCACUUUAACCAUUUUUAAGCUACAGUUUAGUGGUGUUGAGUGCGUUCACACUGUUGUGCAGCCGUCACCCCCAUCGUCUCCAGAACCUUUCCGUCUCAUCCAGCUGACACUGAGUCCCCGUUUUCCCUUUCUCAGCCCCUGCACUCACCAUUCUGCUUUCUGUCUCUGUGAAAUUUGGCUAUUCUAUAGGGACGUCAUGUAAGUGGAGUCAUACAAUAUUGUCCUUUUGUGACUGCUUAUCUCACUCAGCACAGCGUCCUCAAGGUUCGGCCAGGCUAUAGCAGGUGUCAGACUCUCCUUCCUUUUUAAGGCUGAAUAAUAUUCCAUCGUGUGGAUGGACCCUGUUUUGCUUGACCAUCAUCCAUCGAUGGGUGCUUGGGUUGCUUCCCCUUCUUGGCUAUCGUGAGUAGUGCUGCUAUAAACAUGGGUGUACAAACAUCUCUGAGUCUCUGCUUUCAUCUCUUUUGGGUACGUACCCAGAAAUAGGAUAUAGCUGUAUCAUAUGGUAAUUCCAUGGUUAAUUUAAAUUUCCUCAAGUCCAGCUGACCCACUUUUCUCCCCCUUCCCAACUUUCUUUUUACUUGCUGCCAUUUUUGGAGUAGACACUUUGAAAACAGACUUUCACAAGCUACUUUAUGUCAUAGAUUAGCAAGGAAAGUAUUUGAAUCGGCAGCCUGCAACCCAAAUUUGGCACUUAGAAAGCAGCUGUGGGCAGCACGGUUUGCUGUGCUAACUUUAACCAUCUUGGGUAGGACGGCGUUAAUGCUGGUCUUGGGUAGGAUGGCGUUAACACUGGUGAGUUUUUCUAGGGGGAAGGAUCCGUGGUUCUGCAUGUACACUGGCCUUAAUGCUAUUUUAAGGGCACUUUCCCUGAUGACUUAUGGGAAGGUUUAUGGAACAGUCAGAGUAUGUGGAAUUGUUCCGAGCCACUGUUUAAAAAAAAAAAGAUUUUUCCAUCAUCUGAAAAAUACUGAACAUUUCUUGAAGGAGCAGUUGGGUCAGAAUGACAUUGUUCUGCUUCGGUGAAUUUAGUAUCUUUUGGGAACAUUAAGAAAAACCCACUAAGCAUUGCUGUAUUUAUGAGCACUGCAUCAUGCUUUUGCUUUUCUUUUGAUUGCUAGUGGUGUUCCUGUGGAUGGUUUGUCUGCUCGUGCAGGGUCAUCUCUUGUGUGAUAUUAUCAGCACCUUCUCUUGACACGAUGUGCAGAGAUUCUUGACAAUUUGGUCAUCCUGGCUAAAAACCUUAGAAUCGCUUGGAAGUCUGAGCGGGUGCUGGGAUGAGGUGCGUUGUCUCUCGCAGGUCGGAGGAUCGCUGGGCUCAGGCGCGAACAUCACCCGCUGGGUCGGCAGAUGCUGUGGGGCAACACUGCUGCUUCGGUGUGCUGCAGGCUGCCGGGGCACACUCGGAUGCGCCUUGGGUCUGUGCCCUGCAUCUCACCGGCAGAGUGUCCACAUGUAUCACAAAAGCGCGCAGUUCAGAGAAGACUACCCCGCGCCCCACCCGUACCCCGGCUCCCAAACUGUCUCGUCAACAAGGCAGCAAGAGGUGCAUCUCAUCUAUCCCGUGCGCUGGUCACUGCUGGAACCGGGAGAGGACCUGUCCUUUAGCAUCACAUAGGAAACAAACCGAGGCACCAGUCUUGUGCGGUGACGGUUUUGGAGUGCCUGGUUGGUGCGAGGGAAGGACACUGUUUAUGGAGAGCACACGAGGUGGUGACAGCCACUGUGGUCGUCAGGAGGGCCACCUGGCUGUGGUGGACAUCCCAGAGCAGACGGGGAAUCAUGAAGACAGCUCGUUGUGGAGCAGAGCUCUUCUCAAGAGCACCGAGUACGGCGUUUGUGAAAACUUGCGGAAGCUGGAGAUCACGGGCGUGUCUUGUCGAGACGUCUACGCGAAGUUGCUUCACCGAUACAGACACAUUUUGGGACUGUGGCAGCCAGAUAUCGGGCCGUAUGGAGGACUGCUGAACGUGGUGGUGGAUGGCUUGUUCAUCAUUGGCUGGAUGUACCUGCCUCCCCACGACCCUCAUGUGGACGACCCGAUGCGGUUCAAGCCCUUGUUCCGAAUCCACCUGAUGGAGAGGAAGUCGGCCACGGUGGAGUGCAUGUACGGCCACAGGGGGCCCCACAAUGGCCACGUCCAGAUCGUGAAGAAGGACGAGUUCUCCACCAAGUGCAACCAGACGGACCACCACAGGAUGUCUGGUGGGAGGCAGGAGGAAUUCCGCACGUGGCUGAGGGAAGAAUGGGGGCGGACGCUGGAGGAUAUUUUCCACGAGCACAUGCAGGAGCUCAUCCUGAUGAAGUUCAUCUACACCAGUCAGUAUGACAACUGCCUGACCUACCGCCGCAUCUACCUCCCGCCCAGCCACCCGGACGACCUGAUCAGGCCUGGCCUCUUCAAGGGCACCUACGGCAGCCACGGCCUGGAGAUCGUCAUGCUCAGCUUCCACGGGAAGCACGCCAGGGGCACGAAGAUCACGGGUGACCCCAACAUCCCUGCCGGUCAGCAGACAGUAGAGAUCAACCUCAGGCACCGCAUCCACCUGCCCGACAUUGAGAGCCUCCGCGACUUUAACGAGCUCUCGCGCAUCGUCCUGGAGGUGCGCGAGCAGGUGCGCCAGGAGCAGCAGCAGGAAGGUGGGCCCGAGGACGCCGCGGGCCUCGGCCGGCAGAGCCCCCAGCCCUGCGCGGAGCCACCCGCCGAGCAGGCCAAGGGGCCCGGGGAUGGAGGGGCCGAGGCCGCGGCUGAGCCGCCCGCCCAGUCGGGGCAGGGGCAGCCGUUUGUGCUGCCGGUGGGCGUGAGCUCGAGGAACGAGGACUAUCCCCGGACCUGCAGGAUGUGUUUCUACGGCACGGGCCUCAUCGCCGGCCACGGCUUCACCAGCCCCGAGCGCACCCCCGGGGUCUUCGUCCUGUUCGACGAGGAUCGCUUUGGGUUCAUCUGGCUGGAGUUGAAGUCCUUCAGCCUGUACAGCAGGGUCCAGGCCGCCUUCCGGAAUGCGGACGCGCCGUCCCCACAGGCCUUCGAGGAAAUGCUCAAGAACAUCCAAUCCCUCGCCUCCUGAUGGCCCACCGCCCUGCGGCGGGCGGCCUGGGCUGGGAGGGCAGCAAUGUGCGCUCAGGAGACGCGGCCUCUGACCGGAACACCCACCUCCUCGUAGGAGCCUCUGCGCGGCCUCCCCAGACG